UAAGUCUAUUGAGUGACUUGUUUUGUACAAAGUGUCGUGAGUAGUGGUGGGGUUGUUUGUCACUUACACACAGUAUUUAAGUCAUCUGUCGUUGUAGCGAUGGCAUUCGCAUUUGAACCGUGUUAUAAGGUGUUACUCUGCCCGAUUGUGAUCAAGUGUAAUAUUGUAAUUAUAAAUAAAAUUACAAGUGAUUAUUGAAACUUAAAUGGUCUCAUUUAUCACCCGAAAUGGAACCCAACGAACGUGAUGGCGGAAUACCGCCGACAGCAGCGGUGGGAUCACAAUCCCCUAUACUUGGUGGAGCCUUCAGAGAUGCAGAAUCACGACACGAGCCUACAUUUUCCAUGGAUCAAGUGAUGAGUUUAUUGACAAGUGUGACGAAACAAGCAGCGUCGAGUGCAGUUACUGCGGCGAUCUCUGCCACUCCUAUGCCCCGUGAUCGCAGCCAUUUUUACCUCCCACCGUUUGAUCCAGACAUCCGUUCACAUGACAUCAGAGAUUGGUGUGCGAAUGUUGACGAAACCAUCACUGCUUUCAACAUUUCACCGCAAGAGGCACGCAUGAAAGCUAUUCUCCAACUGAAAGGACGCGCUAAGACAUGGGCUGAUACCUGGUCCCUACAAUCCACUACUUGGCAGCAAGUGAAAGAAGACUUGAUUCGAACAUUUGGAAAGGAAUUCCGGUAUGCUGAUGAUGUUUACAAAUGGCGUAGCUACACAUCAGAUCAAGCUGCCAGUUACGCCGAGUACGCUACGACGGGAUGGACACUCUUCAAGCGGGUUCGGCCUGAGGCUUCGGACGCUGAGGUGAUCGACGCUUUGAUAACAGUGGUGGAGCUUGAUAAGCCUUGGCACAAUGCAAUUCAAGAUUUACAAUUAGCCAUAAAUUGUACAGUCUCAAAAAGUACUGGUAAAAGUCCAAUGGAAUUAUUAUUUGGUAAAAAAUGUCAUCCUCCAGCUAUCAAGCUCCUCCAAGUUGAUGAUGAUGAACCUGUCGAAGACCUUAUAGCUGUUAGGAAUGCUUGUAAAGAAAGGAUGGACGAGCGAUCUAUUCAGGACAAAAUUCGAUUUGAUAAAGGUAAAGCAAAAAUCAAACAUUUUCAAGUUGGAGAUUUUGUUUUAAUGCGGAUUCAUGAACGUCAUACUACAAAAUUGGGACCCAAAUUCGAGGGCCCCAUGGAAAUUUUGGAAAUUCUACCUAACGAUCGAUAUAAAGUAAAACACAUCAAUUUACGCGGAUGCUCUGAAAAGAUCGCCAGCCAUGAUUAUUUAAGACCUGCUCCCGUCGGACAGGCAGACCCGUUCGAUAAAAGUGAGGAAUGUACCGCAUGGGCGGAUGAUAUCUUAGAUAAGAAUUAAGAAAAUAAUUACUAGAGCUAAUUAGUGUGUAAUAAUGAAGUAAUUCGUGUCAAUUUAACUAUGUUCCUCUCCACAUUUCCUAUCCUAACGCUGGCUGGCCACCAUGCGUUUCCU